AUGCCGGCAUUGGCCAAUGAUACAUUCGGCUUGCCUCUAGCAAAGAGGCAAAAGAGAGUGUUUGAUGAAAAAGCCCCGGAGGAAAGCCGAAAUGGCUCCAAAGUCUUCGCUCCUUUUAGGACGUUAGGACUCGUGUCACCGACCCCCGUUCCCUUUACUAGCGUGCGCCUGGGCAAGUCGACAUUCCAAAUUACAACUUCCGUGGGCCAUUCGCUCCAGACGUAUGACUUGCGCCGAGGCCUGAACCUGGUCUUCUUGAGUCGACCACAAACACCCGAGAUUAUUACCGCCACCUGUGCCUGGCAGGACAAGGUCUUCGCUGCCUGGGGCCAUCUUCGCCCUCGAUCCUCUGGAGGAGUCUGGGUAUUCAAACGCGGCAAGCGCGUCGCGAGUCUGGACAGUCCCGCGCUCGAUGGGCCGAUUGAGCGGUUGGUGGUGUUUGGCUCGUGGGUGAUCGGCUGCUGGGCAGGUGGGCUAGAGAUCUGGAAGACUGGUAGCUACGAACACUAUGCCAGUCUGCGACCCCGGUCCACCCCCGGUUCGUUAGGGGAGCAGGUCUAUGUGGGAAUCAUGUGCACUAUGCCCACAUAUCUCAACAAGGUUUUCGUGGGGCGUAGUGAUGGCGCGGUCGAUAUUUGGAACCUUCGCAGCGGCAAGCUUCUGUACACCAUGCCCCCUCCAUCGUCAGACGCCGGGCCGGUGACUGCUAUGCAUCCCACUCCGGCCUUGUCUCUUCUAGCCGUUGCCCACAAGACCGGUUCUUUGUCGAUCCAUAACGUCGAUUCUGCUCAGUUGGUUUUGUCUUUAAGAAAUGCCUCGACUCAGGCUCUUCCGGUGACCUCGAUUACCUUCCGCGGCGAUGGUCUUGGUGCUGGUCACGAUGGCCGGAAGGCAGGCGUGAUGGCCACUAUCUCCAGUGGGAGCGGUGAUAUCACUAUGUGGGACCUGAACGACGGCGGUCGUGUGGCAGGUAUUCUCCGCGGUGCUCAUAGAGUCUCAAACAACGAGACUGGUAUGGGUGUGAAUCGCGUAGAAUUUUUGGACGGACAGCCAGUUCUGGUAUCAUCGGGUGGUGACAAUGCCCUGAAAACUUGGAUUUUCGAUGAGACGCCGUUCUCCCCAACUCCCAGGCCGCUUCAUUCCCGGGGUGGUCACUCUGCUGCUGUCAGUGCUCUCGAUUUCGUGCCUGUGUCCUCGGAUGGCUCCGAAUCCGGCGGGAAAUGGCUUCUAAGUGCCAGCAAAGACUGCAGCUUUUGGGGUCUUAGCUUGCGCAAAGACAGUCAGCACGCAGAAAUUUCCCAGGGUAAUCUGGAACGCAAGGCAAAGAAAAUGGGGCCUUCCGGACAUUCAAACUCCACUGUCAUUGAGACACUCAAGGCACCUGAAAUCACUUCCCUCGCCUGCUCUCUGAACCGUGAUGGGGGUAUGGGCGUGACAACCUCUGGCCCGAUCUGGUCGAACCCCAAAGCUGCUAAUGCCGACACCUCUAACGCAACGGGCUGGGAAAGUGUUGUUACUGGCCACCGAGGUGACAAAUAUGCGCGGACAUGGUUCUGGGGCAAGAAGAAGGCGGGACGCUGGGCUUUUGCAACCAGUGAUGGGACUGAAGUCAAGAGUGUGGCUAUGUCUCCGUGUGGAACUUUUGCGGUUGUAGGUUCGGCGGGCGGCUCCAUCGAUAUGUUUAAUAUGCAGUCCGGCCUGCACCGCCAAAGUUUUCCGUCUCGCUCGCCCCGGUCUCGUGAUGCGAAAUUGCGCGCCAACGACGAUUUCACUGUUGGUUCUAGCCAUACCAAGGCAGUCACUGGGUUGAUGAUUGACAAUCUCAACCGAAUGGUGAUUAGCUGUGGUCUGGAUGGAAAAGUUAAGUUCUGGGACUUGCUCUCGGGUUCGCUGAUAGACGAACUGGAUUGGCAUCCAAUGGCAGCUAUUACGGGGCUUCGUUACAGCAAGACCAGCGAGUUGGUUGCAUUCAGCUGUGACGAUCUCUCGAUCCGUGUGAUCGAUCUUGAGACCCGAAAACUUGUCCGUGAGUUCUGGGGAUGCGUGGGCCAAGUAAAUGAUUUCAUUUUCUCCAAUGAUGGACGGUGGAUUAUCGCGGCCUCGAUGGACUCGGUGUUGCGCGUUUGGGACCUGCCCACCGGUCAUCUCAUCGACAUUUUCCGCGUUUCCAGCACCUGUGUCUCCCUUGCCAUGUCGUCCACCGGCGACUUCUUGGCCACCGCUCACGCAGGUAGCAUCGGAAUUAGCCUUUGGAGCAACCGUAGUCUUUUCAUGCCGGUUUCCACUAAGAACAUGGACGAGGACGCUAUUGAGGAUGUCGGCGUGCCAACCUCGUCUGGUGAGAGUGGUGCAGGCCUCGUUGAGGCAGCUUUCCUUGAUGUGCCCGACCAGGAUGAUUCUGAAGGGCCGGUGCUGGCAACUGACCAGCUUCGACAAGAUAUGGUGACACUCAGCUUGGUUCCCAAGAGUAGGUGGCAGGCACUACUCCACCUGGACUCUAUCAGGGAACGCAAUAGGCCUAAGGAAGCUCCGAAGGCCCCUGAGAAGGCACCAUUCUUCCUCCCCUCGCUGCUCGGUACCAACGAUGCCCAGUCUGCGAGCGCAACCACUACUGAAGCGGCCGAGCUGGGUUCGCUUACGCAGGGUAUGGAAGCAGAACGUUCGCGGGUUUCCAAAUUGCAGGCCGGGGGCCUAAGCUCCUCGGAGUCUCCUAUUACUCGACUGUUGCAGUCUGGUCAUCGUUUGGGCAACUACGAUCCCUUGAUCGAGCAUCUCAAAUCCCUACCUCCAGCUCGCGCGGACUUGGAGAUUCGCUCUUUGGAUCCACGAGUGCGCAGUGGUUUCUCUGAACUGUCCGGAUUUGUCAACGCUCUGACGAUGCGCUUGAAGUUGCGAAGAGACUUCGAGCUGGUCAACGCGUGGAUGGCAGUCUUUCUGAAGAUCCAUGCUGAUACCGUCGGACUAUGUUCUCGUCGGGAUGGGCCUGAAUAUCGUGUUCUGCAAGAGGCCCUGGCCUCUUGGGCUCACGAGCAAGAGCAAGAAGGGAAACGCCUGGCCGGGCUGGUGGGGUACUGCCGUGGAGUCGUGGGAUUCCUGAGAUCCGCACGCUAA